CGAGCCUCGACUUAUUUACCGAAUGUAUGAGGCAGAGAGGACGGUAUUCUGCUGUGGGGCUGCAACAGCUGACUGCCGAGCACUUUACCUAGUGCCUCAAGGAACAAAGAGAAGAGGAAAGAGCCAUUCAAGAAUACCUGCUAAAUAUUUUUUAUUCCCUUCAAAUAAUUAAAGUGCAGCGAGGACACGCGAUGAGGCACGCGGUCGCACCGGCAGAAAACGUGGAAAAUAAUUAUUUUGCCGUGACAGACCUGUUAAAGAUAUGUACCCAUUGUGAACGGCUAAGCAAAAAGGACUUGGGAGUAAGGAUCCCAAGACCCUUAGGAAACGGACCAAGCAGAUUCAUCCCUGAAAAAGAGAUUCUUAAAGUCAGUAAAGUGGACGCCAGGACACAGUCGAUAUUUGAGGAUGCGUUUGCAGCCCUCGGUCGUCUCGACAACAUUUCUCUCGUGAUGGGCUUCCAUCCGCAGUACCUGGGCAGUUUUCUCCGGACGCAGCACUACCUGCUCCAGAUGGAUGGACCCCUGUCUUUGCACUACCGACACUACAUCGGCAUCAUGGCGGCAGCUAGACACCAGUGUUCCUACUUGGUCAACCUCCACGUGAACGACUUCCUCCAGGUCGGGGGGGAUUUCAAGUGGCUGAACGGCCUCGAUGGUGCCCCACAGAAGCUGCAGCAGCUUGGAGAACUCAACAAAAUCCUGGCCCAUCGACCGUGGCUUCUCACCAAGGAACACAUCGAGCGCCUUCUGAAAGCAGAGGAGCACAGCUGGUCCCUCGCAGAGCUAAUCCACGCCGUGGUUCUCCUCACACACUACCACUCCCUUGCCUCGUUCACAUUCGGCUGCGGCAUCACGCCCGAGAUCCACUGCGACGGUGGACACACUUUCAGACCCCCCUCCCUCAGCCAGUACUGCGUCUGUGACAUUGCCAAUGGCAACGGCCAUGCUAAUCACCACGACGAUCCGCUUGGCAACCAGGAGUUGUGUGGCGAGGUGGAGGUGCUGAUGGAGCGCAUGAAGCAGCUGCAGGAGUGCCGCGACGAUGAGGAGGCUAGCCAGGAGGAGAUGGCAACUCGCUUCGAGAGGGAGAAGACUGAGAGCAUGCUUGUGGUCACGGCAGAGGACGAGGAGUGUGUCCCCUCCAGAGACAUCUCCCGGCACUUUGAGGACCCUAGCUAUGGCUACAAGGACUUCUCCAGGAGAGGGGAGCAUGUUCCCACAUUCAGAGUACAGGACUACAGCUGGGAGGAUCACGGUUUCUCUCUGGUCAACAGACUUUACCCUGAUGUUGGUCAGAUGCUGGAUGAGAAGUUCCAAAUGGCCUACAAUCUGACCUACAACACCAUGGCGACACACAAGGAUGUCGACACCAGUAUGCUGCGCAGGGCUAUCUGGAACUACAUCCACUGCAUGUUUGGCAUCAGGUAUGAUGACUAUGAUUACGGGGAGAUCAACCAGCUUCUGGACCGUAGCUUUAAGAUCUAUAUCAAGACGAUGGUGUGUAGCCCCGAGAAGACCACCAAACGAAUGUAUGAGAGUUUCUGGAGGCAGUUUCAGCACUCCGAGAAGGUCCACGUUAAUCUGCUUCUUAUGGAAGCGCGAAUGCAGGCAGAACUGUUAUACGCUCUGAGAGCGAUCACUCGCUACAUGACAUGAAGUGCUUUCGGCGUUUUUAUCGUUUGUCAUUGUCGUAGCUCAUUACGGGACACUUUAAGAAAAAAAGAAAAUCAAAGGAGGGGGAAGGGAUUCAACAAAAGUGUGGAAGAGAUGAGAGAAGCCCUGGGUUGUGACAGUGCUUAUUGGAUGGGUGUUGAGAAGAGGAUCAGAACAAAUUAAAGCAAGAAAAUAAAAAGGAACCGUUGAAGAAAAUCAUCUCAAACUACAAGUGGAUACACAAAUUCAGUUUAUGUUGCCUGCAGUGCCAACACUGACCAAGAGAGGGCUGCCUUGAGCAAACUCCUGCUCUGCUCAGGAGUUUGUGCUGGGCCUGAGCACCGACACCGGAGGCCUCCAGGACGAUGUUUCAGUAUUCCAGCAUGCAACACAUUUGUUGCCAGUCUCUUCUGUCUCCUGGUAGAAUGAAGACCCACAGAAGAAGAAAAAAAAACAGCAAGCUGUGCAGCCAGAAACAGUCUGCACUUUGAUUCUGUCGUCACUGUUAUAUUUGUUUAGUUUCUUUAAUACCUUUUUUAUUUCAUUAUGUAUUAAGAGAAGUGGAUGUUGUUGUCAGUGUAGUUGCUGUUAGUGGUAACUGGAGAUGGAAGCAUUAACUUUGGGCGGUGUUUUUUUUUUUUGUGUGUGCCUGAACUAUCCAGCACAGUGUGUAGAUGUGCUGACGAUGCUGCUCCCAUAAUGUGUUCAAUGGGGUCAUAUUGAUCCCCAAAUCACCCCCGAACCCUCAUUAUAUCCACCAAGCCCCUAUCCAUUAGAAAUCCACUGCAUUAUCUCCCUCCCUCUUGUCCUCUCCCCCAUCCCAAAUGUCAAUGUAAGCUAAUCCAAGGUGUGUGUGUGUGUGUGUGUGUGUCAGUCAGGAGGUUUGGAAAGAAACUCAAAGAACACUGUCUGAGCCCUUUAUUGAGUUUGACUGUAACUGUGUGGAUGAGAUCUGUGUUUAUGAUGAAAUGAUUGUUUCACAGAAAUGACAGAGGAGAAAAAGUUAGUCUUUAUUUUUUAUUUCAUGUGUCAAGAAAAGAAAAAGCGAGGCACUUUGAAGGAAAUACUUCUUGCUUCUGCUGUAGCUCUCUUAUUGUGAGAUAACUGUUUAUCAUUUGUUGUUGGUAAUGAUGAUGUCUUUAUUUUUCUGGUAAUGGGGGGAAAAAAAAAAAAACGAGAAAAAAAAACGCUAAUCAAGAAGAAAGUUAGACACCAGGUUUUCCAGGAGGGAUUUGCUUCCGGUUGCCCUAACCACACCGUAUCUGUCUUCCGCCUAUCCCAGCUGCCUGGUCGCCCUAACACUUUCGAAGCUUUGGAUUGUGAAUUUACCAGUAAAUGAAUACCUCUUCUGUUUUUCUCCAUAAAACAUUUAAGAAGUGCUCUUUGGUGAGCAGAGACUUACCGGGCUGCCGCGUUCCCAUUUCUCGGGGCGUGCGGUCCCACACGGGGCCGACUGCGGUCGAAUAGCUGUCGAACGCAAAAGGUUGUUGCCGUGCUUAUUUCCCUGCUGGGGAAGUCUAACCAGUGCAAAAGCAGCUUUUUUUUAAAUUAUUAUUUUCAACUGCUGUUUUGUUUACUAAAACCAGUAAAGUACUGCAUUCUUCUGGGGGUGGAUGGAGAGAAUCAGACAGAUGAAUGAGUAAUGAGGAGGAGCAGGAGGGUGAUGAUAAAGGAAUGGUACAUUUGGAAGUGGUUUGAGGGGAAGGAGUUCUUUUUUUUUUUUUUUUUAACUUCUGACUGAUGUCAGUUACUGACACUUUUUAAAGAAAUAUGAAAAUAUCCCCAAAAA